AUGUCAGGUUUCUACGACGAUAGCGCUGGGUUACACAGCAACCCCUUUGCCGGACAGGACGAUGAGGCAACAGCCCAUCCAUUCGCAUCGAGUCCUCGUGAACCUAUCGGCUCUUCGUUAUUAGAUCCUAGCAAUGAGCCUUAUGGCAGCAGCAGCAUCCAUGAAGAUGACAAUGAUGGUAAUAAUGGCCACGAUAACGAUCAUGACAAUGGAGAUGAACAUGGGUUCCGACAUGAUGAGACGUCGGAGAAUAUUCCCGGUCAAGAGCAACAAGAACAUGAAAAUGACCAUGGAGAUGAGCAUGCAGCGGUAGAUUCAGCUCCAGAUUCCGGAUCGUCUACUGCCAAUGCUUCAGGAUCUGGCGCCACCGUGAACCAAACUGCUACAGAUAAUGCCCAUGUUAAACCGACUGGAUCGACGACUUCUGGCAAUACAGCUGGUUCGGCGGCAAGUGGUGCUGUGUCGAGUUCUAGUACUGGUGUUGGUAAGAGACCAAAGAAAUAUAAAUUGGCUCUCAAAGUGACAGGAUUAGAACGUCAAGGUAAAAAGGACCCUAUUAUUCAUUUCGACGCUUAUACUACAUUACCAAGGUUCCGAACAACUACUUUUAGAGAUAUUCGCAGAACUCACCACGAGUUUAUCAAGUUCUUUGAACAUCUGAAUGGAGCUAAUCCCGAAUGUUUUGUGCCUGCAGUGCCACCAUCAGUGACGUCGGCAGGUGCUGGAACUGAGGAAGACGAGAUCAAGGUCAAGGCCAAUAUCCAAACCUGGCUUGAUAGGGUUAGUAGUAACCCAAUUCUUGCUCGAGAUGAAGAGUUUAUAUACUUUAUUGAGGCCGAUUUCGGAUACUCACCAGUCAUCAAGCGAAAGCCUCCUGCUACAGGAUUAGCAAGAAAAGCCAUGAAACAGCUACAACCCCCCUAUGAUGAAGUGAUCGAAUUGCAUGAAUUAAGGCCAUUAAUUAAGAGAGUGUAUCAACUUGGUCUAGAAGCAAACACCAAGCUCGACAAAGUGACCAAGACUCGUCGUAGCCUGGGUAUUGCAUUGACUGAUUUCGGUACCAAGACAGCUGCGGCAAGCUCGCUCGAGUCUCAUCAGGGAAUGAUAAAUAUGUGGCGCAAACUCGGUAAAACAUUAACUAAUAUCGGUGAUAACGAGGCAGUUCGAGCUACUGCUGAGGCUGCUUCGUUUGGAGACGGUAUCAAUUGGGUGGCCAGUAAUGCCUAUGUUGCAAAAGAAGCGUUGACUAAUCGACACCUGUUAAUGAGAGAACUAAUCAAGGCACAAGCUAAUACUAAAUCCAAACAUCAAGUGGCUGUGCGAGUUAAAGGGUCGACGAACAUCAACCCCAUCAAAGUGGACGAAGCAAUCAAUGCACUCGAAGAUGCAACACAUGUCGAAGAGCAGCUGACGAACAAAGUGCGUCGUGUCAGCGACAACAUGCUUCUUGAGAAGAGAGCGUUAUUGGCCAACAUUGAACACGACGUAUUCAACUACAUUGGCGAGUACGCACUACGAAUCAUCGAGUGCGAGCGACGAGCCCUUGCCACCUGGGAGUCCAUUCGAGCCGAUGUUCGUGCUGUCGAUUCCAACGGCGGUCUUAGCAGGUUGGGUCGAGAAUCGACUCCUGCCAACCGAAGAACUGCACUUGCCCAAAGCCAGGGUGCUAAAGGAGAUGCAUGGAGCGGCGACCGUCAGGGACGUGCAGCCGACCUCUCAAAAGCUGCCGAGAAGCUUCUGUACCGCGACAAACCGUCGUCUACUGACGGCGCACUCUCUAAUGGCCGGCAGACAGUCGACGACGAGGAAGAAGACCUCCUCCGCAAAGACGAGGAAACCGUUGUCGACGCGCGAAAUGCUGCCAGUCUUCUCGCAGGGUCUACAUUCUAA